UGCCCGGCGCACUGCUCCGACCUGGCCUGGCGGCAGAAUGAGCAGCGCCGCCACGGCCUGUACUGCGACAUCACGCUGGCUUUCGGCGGCGCGGGCAUGGCCCGCGAGUACCGGGCGCACCGGUCCGUCCUGGCCGCCGCCACCGAGUACUUCACGCCACUGCUCUCGGGGGGGUUCGCGGAGUCGCGCUCGGGUCGCGUGGAGCUGCAGAAGUGGAGCUCGGAGGGCGGCCCCGACCCCGACACGGUGGAGGCCGUUAUCGGUUUCAUGUACACCGGCACCAUCCGCGUGAGCCCCGGCAACGUCCAUGAGGUGCUGGAGAUGGCGGACAGGUUUCUGCUCACCCGGCUGAAGGACUUCUGUGGAGAGUUUCUGAAGAAGAAACUGAACCUCUCCAACUGUGUGGCAGUUCACAGCUUGGCCCACAUGUAUUCCCUGAAUCAGCUGGCCCUCAAAGCACAGGAUAUGAUCAGGAGAAACUUCCACAAAGUCAUCCAAGAUGAGGAGUUCUACACUUUGCCAUUUCACCUUGUCCGGGACUGGCUCUCAGACUCAGAGAUCACGGUGGACUCUGAAGAAAUCCUCUUUGAGACUGUUUUGAAGUGGGUUCAGAAAAAUCCUGAGGAAAGAGAGAGGUAUUUUGAAGAUCUCUUUAAGCUGCUAAGGUUGUCUCAGAUGAAACCCACAUACCUGACACGCCACGUCAAAUCUGAGCACCUGGUGUUGAGCAACGAGGCCUGUGUGAAGUUGGUGUCCGAGGCUGUGGAGAGCCAUGCCCUGCGCUCUGAGAACCUGCAGUCUGGGAACCUGCAGCAUUCCGCCUGUCCUGCCGCGCUGCUGCCGCGCUUCGGACAGAACAUGGAUGUCAUCAUGGUCAUCGGCGGCGUCUCUGAGGGAGGCGACUACCUGAGCGAGUGUGUGGGCUACUUCAUUGAUGAGGACAGGUGGGUGAACCUGCCUCACAUCCACAACCACCUGGAUGGGCAUGCCGUGGCCGUGACAGAGUCCUACGUGUAUGUGGCUGGCUCCAUGGAACCGGGGUUUGCCAAGACUGUGGAAAGGUACAAUCCAAACAGAAAUAUUUGGGAGCAGGUUUCAAACCUAAUCACCAGGAAGCAUUCCUUUGGCCUUACUGAAGUGAAAGGCAACUUGUACAGUAUUGGUGGACACGGCAAUUUCAGUCCAGGCUUUAAGGAUGUGGCCAUUUAUAAUCCUGAGCAGGACAAGUGGCUGAACCUGGAGUCGGCACCAAAGAUCCUGCGGGAUGUCAAAGCUGUCUCCGUGGAGGACCGCUUUGUGUAUGUGGCUGCCCGCACCCCGGUUGACAGUGACAGCGAGGAUGGGCUGAGGGCUGUUAUUAUCAGAUAUGAUGUUGAAACCAGGCAGUGGCAGGACGUGGAGUCCCUGCCCCUCAUUGACAACUACUGCUCCUUCCAGAUGUCUGUUGCCAACACCAACUUCUACCACACAGCAUCGUGCUGCCCCAAGAGUUACCCCAUAGACAAUGAGGAGGCCAAGGGAAAAAUCUCCAACAGGGCCUCAGAUGAAAUCCUAGAAUCCUUGCCCCCCGAGGUCCUGAGCAUUGAAGGAGCAGCUAUUUGUUACUACAAAGAUGAUGUGUUUAUCAUCGGGGGGUGGAAGAACAGCGAUGACAUUGACAAGCAGUACAGGAAGGAGGCCUAUCGCUACUGCGCUGAGCGGAAGCGCUGGAUGCUCCUGCCCCCAAUGCCACAGCCCCGCUGCAGAGCCACUGCCUGCCAUGUGAGAAUCCCUUUCAGGUGCCUGCAGGGAACACAGAGGUACCCCAUGCCACAAAAUCUCAUGUGGCAAAAAGAUAGGAUAAGGCAAAUGCAGGAAAGGCAGAUGCAGGAGAUACACCGAUACUCCCUGAGCUUACGAAGGAUGCCACGCUCCCAGAUCGAGUGCUAGUGUCUGCAAUAUCACUCCUGAUGAGCCUAGAAAAUAAACCUGUUUGUUAGGCUUGAUGUGUCUUUAUAAAACAUGAGGGCGCAGAUUGGAUUUGAUGCAUAAAACCAACAUCUGUUGUGUACUGAAAAUUCAGAAGCUCAGAAGUUGAGGGUGGGUGGGAAUUGAGACACUCCGUGAAUCCAACAGUAUUCCUUAAUGAUGCCCAGGGAAAAGCUGUAGCCUGUAUCGGGCUGUGAAAUGUCUCCGGGAGCAUUAAGCCUGUUACUUCUCUCCUCAGAUCUUUGAUUCCAACGGUUUCUGUACAGUUAGUCUCUAACAGUACUACUUGGAAAAUCAAAGAUCUCUCUCUUAAUAAUUUAGUGGUUACAUUUGUGUGUGCUUGAAGGCACCUGUUUCAUUUGCACUUAUCUCUUGACAUUCCUUUGAUUAUCUCCUCAGUGACUAAACUUCACAGGAUUGGUGUCGGUGUACUUGGCUUUCCCAAGCUGGAGGCAAGUGCAAUAGUUCUGUAUGAAACAAAAGCACAAUCUUUCUUUAUGAAAUUACUUCAGGAUCUUUGUAUGUGUAUUAAAUAUUUUGUAUUUGUGUGUUGUAGAGAGGCUGCAGAGUUUGUUUAUAAAUGGAUGGUUGGUUGGACACAAGGCGCUAAAAGAGAGAUUGAGGCAGUGGAUAUUUUUUUCAGGUGUAUUUGCAGAUUUGAGUCUGUUUGAGUCUGACUCAAGAACUUGGGUCAACAGCCUGAGUGAAGGAGUGACAACCAGCAAUUAGCCACCCACCCACACUGGUUGUUCAGUUCUGUCAAAGCAGAUCAGUGAGAGUGGGAUUGUUUAAUGGGAAUAGAGUGAAACCUGAGCUACUUGUAGGUCUUUUCUCAAAUGUUGCACAUGUUUUAAUUCUAGUGAAAAGUGAUGGAAGAGCCCCUGCUGUUUCCAGCCUGUCUCUGACAAUCAGAAGCCUUUGCCCUCUGUGCUGUCCCAAGGGACUCCCAGCAGUUGUGCUGCAGCUCAGUACCAAGCUGGCACAUGUGCUCCUGCAGGGGGGAGAGCUGGCCUUUCAGUCUCCAAGUAUCUGAAUAUCCCCACUUGCUGUGGGGAUGAGAUUUAAGCUCGUUUAAACACCUUUUGGCAUUCUGGGGUGGCUGUACAUGCAAAUGCCCUGGUUGGCUCUGGAUUGCUUCCUGCUGUGCUCCCAGGGAGCAGAAUGUGGGAUAGUACCUUUGAGUAUCCCUGCCUCUCUGACCCACUGAGCACUCCUCUUCCCCAGGCCAAGAAGCUCCAGGACCCUUUCAUUUGCCAACAGUUUCAGUGCAUACUUCCUACCUCCUUUUCUCCCCAUCCUUCCCUUUUGAAUGUUCCAGGUUUUUCCAUGCAGUCUAACUCAGGAUCUUAGGGAAGGGAAUGGGAAGAGUAACCUGGGUAUUACAAAAUUUGUGUAGACAAACUUUUCUGGAAAAUCUGUUAGUGUUCUUGGUUCAUUAAUGGUUUGCUGAUGGGUUUGACGUGGUGACUUCUCUGCAAAGAACUUUUAACCGGUUUGGGUUUGUUUUGGUCUUAAUUGUUUUGCUUCCUGAGCUGCUCAUUCUCCUUUUCCAGUUCAACAGGCAGCCCAGAUCAUAUCAGAAACUUGGGGUAAGUCUUUCUACCACUCAGUGUGUGAAGGUUUCUCUGAUGUGUACGUCCCUUAAUGCUUCACUUUGUGGUUCAUGGGUCACUUCGAUAUCAACAAUUUGUCUGCUUGUGAGAGAGUCUCCAGCCUUAGUUAAAAAAACUACCAAACUUGAAAUUCUGAACAGUUUGUCUCAGUUUACUCCUCUGUGGUAACCAUGUUGUAUUUUCUUUGCCUGUUUGGUUGUUGGGGCAGGUGAAGUCUAUGCUACUGGCUUCCUGCAAGAGGAAAUAGGUGAGUUUAAGGUGAUGUUUGCAGGUGACUAUUCCCAGACAGCUGCUGUAGGUUUGUAAGCUGGGGCUUGAUCUGUGGAGUCCAGCUUAUGGACCCUUGCAGGUCUGGCUGGAGUAGGUGCAGAAUUGCUGCUCCUGCAGCCGUUUGUGAUGCAAAUGCCUCUAGUGCUGAAUCCAUCAUUGUAACAGCAAUUUGUAGGAGCUGAUUUUAAGAUACUUUCCCAGACUUUGCACCAAAGCAAUGGAGAGGAGUUCAUGUCCUCCACCCUGCUGAACCAGCUGGAAGGAUUUAUCAGGCAGUUGGAAGUGGCAGGUCAUCACCAUAGCUCUCUCCAAGCUCUCUUGUAGUCUGUCAUCAAAUACAGACAAUUUGUAGGGAGAAACACCAAGAUGGUUCUUUCAGUUGGAAUAGGAACUGAAUAUUUAAUGCAUGGCACUGUGCAACAAAGAGGC